AUGCCACAGUCUGCACUACGGGCUGCGUCGCGGACUGCGUCAUGCUCCAACCCGAAGAAUGAAAAGAAGAAGAAGGGGAAACAACCGCAGGCACAGAGGAGGUUGCCGGCAGAACUGGCGAAGAAAGUGAAGCCCCCGCCAGUGCCCAAGUGCGCAGCGUCCAUAUUUCGGCAUCACCACGUCAUCAAGGCGUACCGACCAGCGUCUCCGUCAACUGGAGGCACACGGCCAUCGCCCCAGCAACAACAACAACAGCAACACCACCAGCAGCAGCAGCCAGUGUUCAAUGUACUCAUUCUGUUGCAUGAUGGGGAAGGGACUGAGCAGGAGAUGGCCACGCUGGCCGCGCGCAUGCAGCUGUCCCAUUUCCACUGCAUCUCCGUCGCUGCUGACAGCCUUCAAGACGAUCCGCUGCAGCCAACAGAAUCUCACCCACAGGACAGCCGCGAGCCCUUGUUGUUUGUGGAUGACGGCCCGUGGUUUGGAACCCGCCAGCAGCAGCCAGGAAAGGUGACAGUUCUGCAGUCGUGCACACAGCGUUUGCUGCGCCUGGUGGACAGCCUGGUUACUCAAGGCUACAGCCCAAAGGGUAUCUUUCUCCUGGGCAUUGGGCAGGGUGGCAUGGCGGCGUGCCAGUGUGCCCUGUCUCUUGUGCGGCAACACCUGCACAAUGGCACACGCGGCAGCGACGCUCCAAAGCAGACAACGGAAAACGAUGGUGGUGGUGACGGCAGCGCCGUUGGACCAGACCCGCACCUGCCGGCUGCGCGGGUGGUGCGGGACGUGCAUGCGCUUAGGCAGCAGUGGGGCGCAGACGUGACGCUUACGGAGACGCCAGAGGCAGCGGUGCUGUCGCCGACGGCAAUGCGGGCCAUCUUCGGCUUCCUUGGGCAGCACAUGCGCACGGUGUUGCAGCACCUGGCAGACGCGGGGGAGCUUGUGCACGUCGCAUCUUGA